GUCUAUAUGUGGCCCAGAUGGUCUAUGUGGUCCAGGUGGUCUAUGUGGUCAAGGUGGUGUAUGUGGUCCAGAUGGUCUAUAUGGUCCAGAUGGUGUAUAUGGUCCAGGUGGUCUAUGUGGUCCAGGUGGUCUAUAUGGUCCAGAUGGUCUAUAUGGUCCAGUUGGUCUAUAUGGUCCAUUUGGUCUAUAUGGUCCAGAAGGUCUAUGUGGUCCAGGUGGUCUAUAUGGUCCAGAUGGUCUAUGUGGUCCAGGUGGUCUAUAUGGUCCAUUUGGUCUAUAUAGUCCAGAUGGUCUAUAUGGUCCAUUUGGUCUAUAUGGUCCAGGUGGUCUAUGUGGUCCAGGUGGUCUAUAUGGUCCAUUUGGUCUAUAUGGUCCAGAUGGUCUAUGUGGUCCAGGUGGUCUAUAUGGUCCAUUUGGUCUAUAUGGUCCAGAUGGUCUAUGUGGUCCAGGUGGAAAAUGUGGUCCAGGUGGUCUAUGUGGUCCAUUUGGUCUAUAUGGUCCAGAUGGUCUAUGUGGUCCAGUUGGUCUAUAUGGUCAAGGUGGUCUAUAUGGUCCAGAUGGUCUAUAUGGUCCAGAUGGUCUAUAUGGUCCAUAUGGUCCAGAUGGUCUACGUGGUCCAGGUGGUCUAUAUGGUCCAUUUAGUCUAUAUGGUCCAGAUGGUCAAUGUGGUCCAGUUAGUCUAUAUGGUCCAGGUGGUCUAUGUGGUCCAGGUGGUCUAUAUGGUCCAGAUGGUCUAUAUGGUCCAUUUGGUCUAUAUGGUCCAGAUGGUCUAUGUGGUCUAGGUGGUCUAUAUGGUCCAUUUGGUCUAUGUGGUCCAGGUGGUCUAUGUGGUCUAUAUGUGGUCCAGAUAGUCUAUAAGGUCCAGGUGGUCUAUGUGGUCCAGGUGGUCUGUGUGUUUUAGGUGGUCUAUAUGGUCCAGGUGGUCUAUGUGGUCCAGGUGUUUUGUUGACUUCCUUCAACUGAAAUGAAGUCAGAAUAAAGAACUGAAGUCCAACAGAACCAUUGGUUUCUCUGCAGGGUCCAAUCAGAAUGAGUCUAGUGAGCGUGCUCAGUAUGAGUCAUCUUCAUCAACAAUAAACCACAGAUGAUCUUUGAUUUUAUUACAGCUGCAUCAGGUUUAUUGAUCUGACUGUGUUAGAUAUUGAUCAGAUGUAGAGACCUGAUGGACCAGCAGGGGGCAGCACAGACAGAUUUCAUUACAUUUAAUAAUAAAUCUGUGUUUAGGCAUCAUUUAUUUUGUGUAAAUUAAAGUCAAACUAAAUCAGAUCUGAAGAGUUUUACUAAAGUAGACAGGAAAUCAAACAGCCUCACAUUUCUACAUAAAUAAAUAAGCAUGUUUGUG